AUGCAUCGUCACCUCAAGAGUGCAAUUCAGGCUCAUGAGGCAUCUAGAUCUGAUAAGGUUUCCUCAACAUGUAAUCCAACAUACGUAUCAAUGCUGAGAGAAAAAAUGAGGUCUUUGCAGCCAUCGCCAACUUCUGCUCAUGAAAGAAGUUCUAUAUUUGUUCCAACUACAUUAAAAAACUGUUCACAUGUGUUUCUGAGAGUUGAUUGUGUUCAACUACUGCUCUCACAACCUUACACUGGUCCUCAUGUAGCCGUCAGAUGUUCAAGUCGUCGUAAGUCAAGUCACAAAAUGUUCACAAUUCUUGUCAGUGGAAAGAAGAAAUCUGUGUCGAUAGAUCAGGUCAAACCAGCCUUUUGUUUGGAUGAUGACAACGAUGUUCCUUUUGUUCUUCAAGUGCCUGAACCAGAACAGGAUAAAACGGAAGUAACUGAAUCGUAUCCGGAUAAACAAAUUAGCGAAACUUUUUCUUAA